ACAAUAACUUUUAAGAUUUAGCCUUAAAUUUAAAUUCAAAAAUUCGUAUUAGUCUGAGAAUUAGUAGGCCGUAUUUAAGUUUCUUAUCAAAAUCUAUAAAGUGUCAAAGUCUAGAAUAGUCAGUCAUUGAUUCCACAACUCACUUCAGUUCCGUACCUGCCAACCUUAAGUUUCGCUUUCGGUUUCCUUAUGAGAUCCUAUUUUUCAAAAAGUUAAAUAGAUAUAUUACUAUUUUAGUUAUUUAGUUCUUCAGUUCAAGAUAAAAAUUAAGGGAAAAGUAAUAUAAAUAAACAAAAAGCACAGUAAGUGGUACAUAUAUCAAAACAAUGCGUAGUCUAUUUUCAAGUCGGUACAGUAAUUCGCGAAAAGAAUUCUAUGAACGUUAUGAAGCUGCUCGGAUAUUGCAUCCAGAUCUUCCAUUGUGUGAGCGACCUGUAGAGCCAGCCCGAAAGGAAAUCGUCGACUGCUCGAUUCGGCGUCGAUACAAGUCCUACAGGGAGCUUGGCAAUCAGACGACCGAACAGUGGCAGAGCGAAGCCUGGCUAUCCAACGAUCGUCUACCGAUUGUGGUGCGUCGUUCCAUUGAAACCAGGACGAGCAGGGUCCUGUUGCCGCGCUACGAUCCUUCCACAGCCACCCACGAGUUCAGUCACAACGGCAGGCCGCAACGAGGUCGUCGUCCCGGCACCUCCGCCAUCGCCAAGUGCGCCUCUGAUUUCGCAAAGCAAGUGGGCGGUUAUCAGUCCAGUCGAUCACCAUCGCCGGUUCCUGAGUUAGAUCCCCUUCGAUUGGACUACUCUGACGAGGACGAUAACAGAAACAUUAAUAUCGUGCUCUCCGACGAUUCCGACAUAGAGUUCGUAGAGUUUAAAACCAAGAUGCCGUCACCAUUCUUUCCGUCAUCGCCGUCUUCCGAUUCGGAUGGCGAUGCGGAUGCCAUGCCGCAAAGCCUGGAACUGGCGCCAAAGGUCAAGGGCAAACGAGGUCGUCCUCCCAAGAAUGUUCUACCCGUAUACGGCUGUGGAUUCUACGACGUCAAUGCGAACAAGGAGAACAUUCCACCUACAAACUGCCAUGAUCUGGACACGAACAACAGUCCACGGGCCAGUACUAUGAGAGGACGCCCCAAGUUUUUGUGCCCAAUUCCAACGUGUGGACAAGUUUUUGCGCUACGCCGUUUGUUGUACAAACAUCAACGUGAUGCUGGCCACCACAACUGGACACACAAGUGCGAUAAGUGUGGCCAGAUCUUUCGCACGGCAGGCUUCAAGAGGAUGCAUGCCGAGGCAGCCUGUGAGCGCAAUUUGUUGAAAAAGAAACCGAAAACCAAAUGAAAUUAAGCAACUUGUAUAGUAGGGGAACAAUGACUGAAUAAAACGUAAUACACUUCCCCAA